AUGAGAAAAAAUUGGAAUUUGGUUAAAAGUAUUAGAACUUCUCCUGUCAGUUGCUUGCUACUUCUACCAGCGUUGUUAACUGGAAACACUGGAAGACCAUUGGAAAUUCACUGGAAGCGAAAAUCAAUAGUGCCACUGGAACUUUUACGAUUAGAAAUUUCCACUGUAAGGCUAGAAAUUCCAAAAUUAGCAACACUGCGAUAG